GGGACAAAUGGGUUACACCCCUCAUUUUCUUUUUCUUCAAUAGAAACUGAAUGCGGUCCAAAGUGUAAUCCGUACACUAAGAUGAGUAUGCAGGAAGCUUGAUCGGAAUGUGCGGUCCAAAGUAAUACGGUAUAUUUUCCAAGCGGAGCUUCUCUGGAGAGCAGUUUCGCAAUUAAUCCGAAGUCAAAAUGAAAAAGGCAUUUGAUCAAACUAUGAGGGACUUAAAGCGAGGGGUUAACAAGAAAGUUCUUAAAGUCUCUUCAAUAGAGCAGAAGGUGCUUGAUUCCACUAGCAAUGAGCCAUGGGGUCCCCAUGGAUCACUUCUUGCAGAUAUUGCACUUGCCACUCGGAACUUCAACGAAUAUAAAAUAAUUAUGGCUGUCAUAUGGAAGAGGAUCAAUGACACUGGGAAAAACUGGCGGCAUGUUUACAAGGCUUUAACUGUUUUAGAAUACUUGGUAGCUCAUGGGUCAGAACGUGUCAUAGAUGAAAUCAGGGAACAUGCGUAUCAGAUAAAUACGCUAUCCGAUUUUCAAUAUAUUGAUUCCAGUGGCAAAGAUCAGGGAAGUAAUGUUAGAAAGAAGUCUCAAUGUCUUGUAGUUUUAGUGAAUGACAAAGAAAGAAUGCAAGAAGUUCGUCUAAAGGCAUCUGCAAACAGAGACAAAUUCCGCAGUGUGUCAAUGGGUAGUGUGCAUCGUCCGAGUUCUUAUUCAAGUACAAGAGGAUAUGGCGAAGGUCGGUAUAGUGGUCAUUAUGGAAGCAGAGAUGAUAAUCGAAUUGGAUAUGGGAAGGAAAGGGGAUGGAGCCAUAGAGAUGAGGAUAUAUAUGGAGACUCAUAUGGACGUCAUGGAGAAAGGUAUGAUAGAGAAUAUGAGGAGCGCAACAGCCAUUAUGCAUACACUGAUAGUGAUUAUCGUGGAAGUGGAACAAGUAAAAGCAUUGAUGAAUAUGGUUCAAGAAGUAAAAGCUUUGAGAGAGAGAGAGAAAUUGCUUGUGAUGGUAGUGAUCAUCAAUCAUCCAGGGGAAGUGGUGCUGAGGACCUCCCACAUAAUGAAAGGCAACAGCUUGAGCGGAAAUUUUCUGAACAAAACCUUGCUCCUCUGAGCCUCGAGGAGGCAGCUGGUGCUCCCACCCAGACUGCAGGGGAUGUGGGAACUUCACCAGUUACCGCCGAAUCAUCAUCAUAUCAAACAUAUGAAAGCCCAAGUCAAGAUACGGGUGCACCAGAAAAAAAUGAAGCUGUUGAAUUGAGUGAAUUUGAUCCCCAUGUUUCCUUGUCAGCUGCCCAUUGUGCUUCUAGUACUACUGCUGGCCCUGAAGUGGAUUUACUCGGCGCCCUAUUUGAACCACUCUCAUCCAAUUCACUAGCCCUCGUACCCGCUGGAUCACUUACUGGAACAUCGCAGGAUAUUAAGAAUCCCUUUGGUGAUGAACCCUUCAAAGCUAUCCCAUCUUCCAAUGGCGUACCUUCUCAACCUCCUGAUGUUACUCAACCAACAUCUCAUAUCUCUGACCAGGAUAUUGACAUAUUGGCUGAUAUUCUCCCCCCAUCUAGGCUUUCACAAAGUGAGCAACCCCUCCCAACUUGCCAAUUUGCACCUCAUAUAGGCUUUCCGCCACAAGCUACCCAGCAAGCCCUUCAUAUACGGUUUGUAUCUCAAAAUGGCUUGAUUGCUCAGCACGGAGCUGGCUCUCCAUCUCAAUCUGGUCAGGCUACUUUCAUGACAAGUUUUGCUGCUCAGCCUGGGCAACAGUUGUUACAAACAACUCUUCAAACAUCUCAUGUUGAUUCACAAAUGUGGUUUCCUGCUCAAACCAACCACCAACCUCAAUCUUUGGCACUUGUUCCAUCUCAAGCUGCUCCUUAUACAGGUUUUGUUGGGAGUUAUAAUAAUGCACCUCUAUGUCAAUUCUCCCGCUCAAUGUGUAUACAAGCUGGAGAAACUACACAUGAUAAUAAUUCUAUGAAUUUUUCUUCACAUCAUGGUGCACUUGCACAAGCACCAUCACAGAUGGCAGCCCUUCAAUCGCCGAGAACUCAAACAGAAACCAUCCCUCCUUAUUCCACUCAGCCAGCCAAGGAAAAGUUUGAGACAAAAUCUACAAUUUGGACCGACACACUGAAUCGCGGACUGGUCAAUCUAAACAUUUCUGGGCCUAAAACAAAUCCAUUAGCCGAUAUUGGGGUUGAUUUUGAUGCUAUGAAUCGCAAAGAAAAGAGAAUGGCGAGCCCAAGUAAUUCUACGGCACCAAGCAUUACAAUGGGGAAAGCCAUGGGCUGUGGCUCUGGAAUUGGGCGCGCCGGUGCAGGUGCUCUUAGGCCUCUACAAACUCAGAUGGUUAGUGCUCAUCCGGCAGCAGCAGGAAUCCCCAUGGGAGGCUACAGAGGUCCAAUAAACCAAACAAUGGGUAUAGGGAUGAUGAGACCAUUGCUGCCACAACAGCAGAUUCAACAGCCUAAUUCUGGCUUUCCUCCUGGAACUAAUGUAACUGCAGGUCAGUAUCCUCUCCCUGGAACUACCUAUUUUGGCCACCAACCAUUUGGUGGUGGAUAUCACCGUUGAGGUCUGAUCUGACAUGUUGACCAAUUUUAAAAAAAAUUAUGUUUUUUAUACAACACAUGCCCUCAUCCCAGAUUGUUGCUUGUUUGGGUUAUACUCCCUUUUUCUCCUAAUUCUACCACACACAAAAAAAAAGUGUCUUUUGAUAGUUAGCAACAUGCUCGAAAGUUGUACAAAAUUACAAGCAUGUCCUCACUCCAGUAGCCAUUUUAGUUUCGCUUCCAGAACCUGGAGAAUGAUCGCAGCUGGCAAGUGCAUUGGGAAUUGUUACACAUUCUUUCAUUCUGUCAUACCUUGUAUUAUAUAGUCAAUGUUAAUAGUGCAAGAUUUCUCUAUGCAAUUAAUGUAUUAGUAGAAUUUUGUUAUGUUAAAUGCAACAUCUGAUAGUCGUUUCAAGUUUUGCGAAUUUUGAGUCAAAUUGCUAGCAUAUUCAGAU